CGCAACGUCCAUUCUCACCUCUUUCUCCAGCACUUACAUCCCCCUUCCCAUUCCAGGUCCAUCCACUCAUACAGCUUCACCCAGCAACUAUACUGGACCGGGGUCCUCAGCCCUAUAUUCACUUUUGCAGGCUGCCGGCGCUCCUACGCCGACCUGAUUAUUCUGUGCUGGCCUUGAACGGGUCCAAUCACCUCCCUGCCGGGAUGGGCGUCAUCGGAUGCCCUUCAUUGUGCCGGCUUGAUAAAGACGAUGCUCUCUAAGCGACAUACCUCCACCAACUUACACCUAUAUCUCUUCGGUUAAUUACUAAAUAUGGCGUCGUUUCUGAAGCCCCUCAAGGGCACGAAAUCCAAGGGCAUUAACUUCAAGCCCAGAGGAGCCGCCUCCAGCGACCGACUCAAAGAGGUUCUGAAUCGCAACCGGAUCGAGAGCCAGAGGGCGAUGGGCAUGAGCCCUAUACCAGCGCCCAGCCUCAACCCAUCUUCGACGCCAAAUAUCGUCACUAGCGACAAGCCGUCUUGUCCCAAUCCCGGCUGUCCCAAUCCUUCCGCCCCCGUCACAGACGGCUUCUGCUCCGCCUGUGGCCGUGAGAUCGAUUCCUCCAACAUUGUCGCCGAAAUCCAGUUUGGCGAAACCUCAUCCGGAGCCGCUAUUGUCCAUGGUAGCUUCGUCGGGGCCGACCAGGGCUCUGCUGCUAGAAAUCUAGCGCCGCAGUACCGACGACUCGGCGGGGGGCUUAGCGACGCGAGAGAGAAGACGAUCCGCGAAGCUAAGAAUAUGAUGGCUGGGUUCGCACAUCAGCUUAGGGAAAUCCCUCCAGGUGCUGUGGACACCGGCAUCCAAAUAUUUAAGCUGGUCAUGGAAGAGAAUUGGCUCCAGGGGCGCGGGAUGGACAAAGUAGUGCCCGUAUGCCUCUAUACGGCGUGCCGGAGAGAGGACAAGUGCAAAGUCAUGCUCAUCGACUUUGCCGAGCUUGUCAAGGUCAAUGUCUACGAGCUUGGACACGUAUUCAAGGAUCUCAACAAUAUUUAUUCCUUUGAGAAUAACCACGUCAAGUCCAUCAUUCCCGAGGACCUCAUGUACCGCUUUGCAUCGAAGCUCGACUUUGGGGAUUUUACCAACAAGGUCGCGGCAGACGCGACCAGGCUAUGCCAGAGGAUGGGGCGCGACUGGAUGAUUAUGGGACGUCGGCCUUCGGGCAUUUGCGGCGCCUGCAUCCUCAUGGCUGCCCGCAUGUGGAACUUCCGACGGACCGUUCGGGAGGUCGUCUAUGUCGUUAAAGUCACGACUCACACAAUUGAGCAACGCCUCGGCGAAUUCACCGUCACCGAGAGUAGUGAUCUAUCCAUUGAAGAUUUCCUAAACCAAGAGUUCCUCGAAUCCCGUCAUGAUCCACCGUCUUUUUACAAGAAUACCGCCGAAUGGAAAGAGAAGAUAGAAAAGGAGAAAGGCGGCCAGAAACGGAAGCGCGUCAUCGAGGAUAUCGACGGUACCGAAGAACCGGACUUGGCUGCCGGAGCAUCAGGACCCGAGAACUCUACCACGAGGCCGAGCCCUUCGCCUUGCUCACAAAGUAUGCCGCCGCCGCCUGUGCCCCGUCCGCCACCCGACACAUCCACCCUACGCCAAGUCACGGAAUAUUUGCCUAGAACUUUCGAUAAUGCCGAAGGUAGAGAGUACAUUACGCCCUUUGACCCUGAAAACGUACCGAAGCCCGCCCCGAAAAAUUUGGGAGACAAGGAUAUCGCGGAGGGUCUGAAUGCUAAGGAUCCUACGGGCGAUGAUGCGAUAGACGGGUUGGCGGCAGCUUACGGUAGUGUAGAGGAACAGGUGGAUUAUAAUCAAGAUGAAGAAGAGGCGGACCCACCAGAGGCAGGUUCUCGACGCCGCGGCAAGAAGGUGUCUGCCGAGCCGGUCCUGACCUAUAGCGACGAGUGGGAGCAGGACGAGGCGGUACUCGAGAAACAGAUCGAGGAGGUGAUCAACGACCCCCACAGCGACUCACAUAGGAAAGCCCUAGCCACUGCUGCGCAUAUAGCAUACAUCAAAGGCGAAUGGGCGCGCUCUCUACUCCCACCACGAGAGUUGAAGAUGGGCGAGAUUAUCAGCGAGGACGAGUUUGCCGAUGACCCGGAGGUGCAGCACUGCAAGCUUUCGGAAGAGGAGGUGAAGAUAAAAGAGAGCAUCUGGAUCAACGCGAAUAAGGACUGGUUGCGCAAGCAGCAGGAGAAAGCCUACCGGAAGCAGAUGGAAGAGCUGGGACCGCCGAAGCGCAGACGUAACCGGGUCAAGAAGCCCCGGAUCGGAGAAGGUCAGCUCACGCCGGCCUCGACGCCGGGCGAGGCCGCGGUCGAAGCGCUGAAGAAGCGCAACACGUACUCGAAGCGGAUCAACUACGACGCCAUCACGAGCCUCUUCUCCGGCAGCAACAAGAACCGCGGGCCUGGGUCGGUGAUGUCUCGCAACGACAGCGAGACGGCCAGCCGCCUCGCCAGCCGGGCCGGCAGCGUGUCGGACGCGGGCACGCCCCAGCCGGCCGGCGCCCGCAGCAACCAGGCAGCAGCACCAUCCGACGCCACCGCGGCAGCGGCGGAUAAGCCGGCAGAGGACGAGGAGGCCGAGGAGGAUUACCACGAGGAGGACCACGGGGAGGUGGCGGAGGAGGCGUACGACUACGACGACGACCAGGACCAGCCCGUCUACGACGAGGACGGCUACGACGAGGAGGAAUACUAUUAGCACAUUCAUGUCAUCGCCUUAUGCGGAAAGCUAGUACGGGUAGAUAACAGGUUAUAAACUAUGUGUAGCCCCGUAAACAGAUGUCCUUAGGCCCCGGAAUUCCUGUCGUGGU